GACAGCUCAGACAACUCCUGACACUGACACACACUCUCCACGAUGGCACCGUACACUCCAACUACUAUCAGGAUCCUCUCCAAAUGCAGAUCAGGCUGGGCAUAUUUUCAGACUGCCAUCUAUCCAAGAAUCCGUGCCUUUGCAUUGGAAGUUUCUGAGGCAUAUUCCAUCCCUGUGCCAAGAGACUGGAGGCAAACCUUACUGCUGGUCCUAACGUGUUCCAUUAUGUCAUCUUUAUCUGGAAUUUUCCUUUUCACCUGGCUAUUUCAUUCCCUACUCUAUGAUCAUUUUCCUGCCUUCGUGUUGUCUACCAUCUUGGCCCUUCUUCUCUGGGGACUCCUCGUCCUUGUUCACCCCAUUCGUUGCAUGUUGACCAUCAUAAUCCCAACUCUCGGCACCAAACAAGGCUCUCGAUUAUUGCUGUCGACCUGUUUCAUGGUCAUAGCUCUGAACAUCAUUCCUAAUAUCUUUCAAAACCUCAAAACUAUCUUUCAGAUAUUCCGCUGCAUUUCUCAGCACUCUACAGAGCAAAUAUUAAACUCCACCAAAAGCUUCACAGAUCUUGCUCAUGAUGUGAACAACCUGGUGACAGACACCACCUGCACCAUGGAGACACUGAGUGGGAAGUUUGCUCCAGAGGUCAACAUUGUAGCCCAAGUCAAUGCCUCUGCGGUAUCUAAUGUGAUAGCUCAAGCGGGGAACAGGCUGAAGGUUAACUUUGAAACUGCAGAAUCACUUUUCAAGGAUAUUAUGCUUAUGGCCAAUAGAGUUAUGGCUGGGAUUUUCAUUGUCUACACGUUGGUAGGUGCGACUUGGUACUUACGAAGCUACUUAACCAAUAUCAAAUUUGACAACAAGUACAUUACAAGUCAGCUGGAGCAGUUGGCCAAGAAGAAGAAAGUAUCAAAUCUGGCCAGUGUCUCCUCGAUUAAACUGAUCAAAUCAACAGGAUUUAAGAUGUCCAAGAAGGAGCUUGGGGCCAGCUUGUUCCGCUGUCUGGUGAUUUUGCUGUUUGUCCUACUUACGGUGCUGAUCAUAACCGCGGACCACAUAGUCUUCCACUUUACUGUAGCCGUUGGCCAAUGGGUAGAUAGUCUACCGUCUCUACAAGUUUUGUUUGAUUUGAAAUAUCAAGCAGAUGUGACCGUCUUAGGAGUUUUCAAAGUAAAUCAUGUCACCUAUUCCCGAGUACUUGAGUCAAACGUGACGUUUUUUUCCCCACACUGUACCCGCCCGGCAAGCCCACCAGAGAGCUCCACCACGGCAGCAAUCGGUCUCAUCUACUGCGUUUUAUUUGGUAUGGUCUUUUUGGAAGCCUACGCCCAACGCUUCUGCCGAAAGAUCUCCGCCACAUUUUACAGAAGGAGGGAGGAAGAAAGAGUUCAAUACUUGUUAGAUCAGAUCCAGAAAAAGCUUCAAGAUGGUCCACAGAACUCAGAGGGUCAGCACUCUACUGAGGCCAGUGCAGACUUCAGGAUUGGAGAAUCACCGGUCUCGUUUGUAACACUUCCUUAAGAGAACAAUACAGACUUUUAUGCCAUAUUUAUUUGAUCAGAAUAAUGUGAAUAAAUAUUUGUAACUAUUUAUUUAUACAUACAUUAAACCAUUACAUAGGCAGGCUCUGCUUCCUGCUUAGUAGUGCUGCACAGGGACUGUACUUCACUGCUUCGCUCUCACAGUCUACCAGUUAGGUCCAGGGGCGGAUCCAGAGUCUAGUCUUAGAAAAUACUUUUUUGGGGGUAAAUUUAUCGGGGCAAUGAUUGGUGUUGGCGCUUCAAUCAUCACGGCAUCAUGGCUGUUAUGGUGUCAGAAUGAUUGAAGCGCAUUACAGG